UAAGCGGCUAUAAUAGCACUAGAAAGCACUAGCACCAGACAGUUCGACUCUAAUUUUCUCAGCGAGCACACAUGAGGAUGGCAACAUCUUAUCAAUUCGCAUUGACCUUUGCUUUGGUACUUGGCCACGUGCAACUUCCAGGCAUGGUUUUAGCUCGAGUUCACAGUCAAGUACAUCGACGGUCGAACAUGACUCGCCUUACGCCAGCACACACGCACCAUAUGGGAUCGAAUAACACAUUAUUUGGCCAAGACAGAAGAUUGAAUUAUACAUCGAGUGUACCGCUGCCAAAAAAUGUUACCGGUCCUGUUAGCAUAGUAAACUGGGGUCAGCCUACUUACAACCAAACGUGGCCAUCGCACAAUUAUCAGCCUGGCUUUGAUAAGUCCUCCCAGGCUUCUGUUUACAAUCAAACAUGGAUGUACACCAAUCAGACUUACUAUAGCUCGGCACCUGAUACUAAAGCUUUACAUCAGUCGAGCGAAGUUCGAAGACAUGUUCCGACUUCAUCUAUGUUGGAAAUAUUCCCAUCCGGUAUCUUCCGAGCGGAAAAUAAUACACAUGUUGGUAAUUCAUCAUCCGGUUGGCAUCACUCCGAUAUCUCGUUGGCUUCUGUCGCGUCAACUAGCAAUUUCACGAACCUACCUCUUGCGCGAGGAAGCAAACCAUAUACCUCUAGUCCAUACGCUAAUAUGGUUUACUAAAUCAAGACGAUGAGAUGAUACCUUCUUUUAAAGUAAUAAACCACUUUUAUUUAAUUUUUUCAAAAAAACAAUUUAUUUCGCUACGUUUUUUGUUGCACCGGUUAAUUAAUUUGACCAUAGGUAUAAAUACUUAUAUUGGUUGCAUUCCGGUAUUCCAGAAGUGUAAAAUAAAAAUAUAUGUGUGUAGAAA